GUGACGAUGUAGCCAACAUUGCCCUUGCUUCAGGGUCCAAAGCGUGAGAAACCAAAAACAAGAAUCUUUCGAUACUCAAACUGCCAGGGAUCCAUCAUGGGAGACACCUCAAUCGCUGCGAACAGGUCCGCCCUGAAGGACUUCCUCGCGUCGAUCGCAACAAUAUCUGGAGACCUUUCGAACAUCACGGCCCCUCCCUUCCUCUUGGCUGAGAACUCCACUGUCGAGAUUCCGCAAUACUGGUGUGAUCAUGCACAUCUGUUCGUUCGACAAGCCUGGGGAGAGACCGAGGAGCAAAGAGCAUUGAACGUGCUAGAGUCAUUCAUGGGUGCUCUUCGUAACCAACAAUAUGCUGGAAGGGACGAGGGUGAAGGAGUGAAGAAGCCAUUGAACGCGUUCUUGGGCGAGCUGUUCCUAGGCAAGUGGGAAGAUGAAGAGCUUGGAGAAACGAAACUUGUAUCUGAACAGGUCAGCCACCACCCGCCCAUUACGGCUUGCUACAUCUGGAACGAUAAGCACGGCGUCCGUGCGGAGGGCUUCACAGAGCAAGAGAUCACUUUUUCUGGAAGCGUUAGCAUAAAGCAGAAAGGCUACGCUAUCUUACAUAUCGACGAGUAUGACGAGGACUACCUAAUGCCAGUCCCAAAUGUCAAAGUCAAGGGAAUAUUGGGUGGCAGGCCGUAUCCGGAACUCCAGGGCAGCUAUUCGCUUAUCUCGUCUACUGGGUAUGUGUCGGAGAUCAAGUUUGAAGGCAAGUCCUUCUUCGGCGGUGGUCAAAAGAAUGGAUUUGAGGCGAAGAUGUUUCACGUCAGCCGUCCAGAUGAGAUCCUGUACGAGGCCAAAGGAACGUGGAAUGGUGAAUCUACAUUUGAAGACGCGCGAACAGGGAAGGCGGUUCAGAAACUCGACUUCGCGACGCUCAAGUCAUUACCAUUGCAGAUUGAGGACACAGCAGAGCAAGACCCAUGGGAAUCGCGAAGGGCGUGGGGCGACGUCAUCGCAGCGCUCAAGCGAGGUGAUAUGAAGGCAGCUGCAGAUGCGAAGUCAAUAGUCGAACAGGGUCAGCGGCAGAUGAGGAAAGACGAGAUUGCCAAUGGGACGAGUUGGAAGAACCGCUUCUUCAAAUCCGUCGGACGUGAUGAAGUUUUCGACACAUUGUCAAAGCACGAUACUAGCUCCUUCACCGUCGAUCGCAAAGGUGGUAUCUGGAAAGUAGACAAGGAAGCGAUCCAUACCGCACAAAAGCCUUAUCAUGGAGACCUGCUGCCGACGAACGAGCGAACGGGAGCGUCCGGAGGUCAACGAGACGCUGCUAGUGGAGGUCAAACACGGUCGCAAAGUGAGGCCACAGCGGCAGUUCCCACAAACGGUGUGUCUCAACAACAAAAAUUUCAAGCAUCUGGGGAAGAAGCGCCGACCCAGCACUCUAUUGAUCCUCUGGCGCAAGCAGAUCUACCUGUGCGGCCAAGGACCGAACUACCGGACACAAGAGUCACCGAAACUCCAAAAGGCCCGACUGACGCCCAGGUCGAGGAGUUCCUCCGGAACAAGUACAGCGCAAGCCCACGAUGAGCUCGAACUCUAUUUCGACGUCUAGACCGUGCACUGAAAGAUGUGAAGCGAAGGUUGUUCAUGAGGUUGAAUUAGUGAUUGAUUAAUUAUAUGCCUAAUGUACGCCUUUUCCAGAUCCGGGUAUCGUCGCAAUGAAAGACU